AUGUGGAUGGUCUGGCUGACUUUUCCAUUUUCAUGCGUGCAGUCUGAUUUCUACAGAGUCCUGCAGCCGAUGGCGAGGGGAAACAUUAUUCAGGGUUUAUUCAAUACACAGGAUGAUAACCUGCACCGAGCAAUGAAGAAGCCAAUUGCAGCAAUGUACUCAAUGAGUAGUAUGGUCGAGUUUGAACCAUACAUUGACACCACUAUUGACUUCUUCCUCAAACGACUAGAGGAAGUUCAGAAGAAGGAUUCUCGUAACUCGUGUGAUCUCGGAGCCUGGCUGCAAUGGUACGCUUUUGAUGUCAUGGGUGAGGUCACUUUUAGCAAGCGACUAGGAUUUCUUGACGAAGCCAAGGAUGUGGAUGGGAUAAUUGCCAUUAUCUGGAAGCAUUUUCAAUUUUGUUCUGUGGUUGGCCAAAUGCCCUGGCUUGACUACGUAUGGGCUAAAAAUAAAUUCGUCAAUAGAAUGUUACCGGCAAAGAUGCAUCCUGUUAUUGCGUUUGCACUUGCGAGAGCAAGAGAGCGGAAACAGAAGCCAAGCUCUUUGGAGGGCAAGAAUGUGGCAAAUGUACAGAACUCUCGAAACUUCAUGUCACGGUUCAUUGAAAUCCAAGCCAAGGACCCUUCGAUCCCUGAAUCGUUCGUGACAGCCUGGGCUUACUCCAACGUUUUGGCGGGCAGCGACACAACUGCCAUAAUGCUACGAUCCAUCAUCUACUUCCUCAUCCGGAAUCCAAGCUCGCUGAGAAAGCUUACGGCUGAGCUUACACAAGCCCGGAGUGAGGGUCGGCUGUCGAAUAUUGUUACUUGGGCGGAAUCACGCCGUCUAGAUUAUCUCGAUGCUUGCGUCAAGGAAGCAGGCCGCCUUCACCCAGCUAUUGGACUUCCAAUGGAGCGAGUGGUGCCUGAGGGUGGUGCUGAGAUCUGUGGAAAGCAUUUUAAAGCAGGAACUGUAGUUGGUAUGAACCCGUGGGUCAUACAUCGCAACAAAGAGAUCUUUGGAUCUGAUGUAUACGAGUGGAACCCAGAUCGCUGGCUGGGCGAUGAGACGAGACGACGGGAAAUGGAGAGGUGCCUUCUUACGUUUGGAAUGGGACAUAGGACGUGCAUUGGUAAGAAUCUCUCCUAUAUCGAAAUUUACAAGCUAAUUCCAACGCUGUUUGCAAGAUACGAUAUGGAGCUUGCGGACCCUACGAAAGAGUGGCACUUGGCAAAUUCUUGGCUUGUAGUUCAAACAGGUCUUGACGUCAAGCUGCGCCCGAAGAGAAUCUUGUGA